UCCAUUCCACUCAGUUAAGAAGUUUUGUACACUUUUGAGAACGUAUAAAGAAGCAUUCACUGCAAUCACAGAAGUAUGCGUUUGUCUGUAAGGUGUCAGAAGGUACUUGUGGUUUUUACAAUCGUAAAUUUUCUGUUUAUGAUCUAUCUUUUAUCAAGAAAACUAAUGGAGCCUGCAUCAGAGGUAGCUGACCCCGUUGGACGGCGUUUGUCCCCUGGACGAAACAAUCACUUUCAGUUCAUGCAACAGGAGGCUAGGCCUAGGGAUUUUAAUGGAGAUCAUAAUGAUAUAUCCGAUGAUAUAACUUUCAUAUUCAGAGAAUUUGAGUUUGAAGACAAUUGUAUCAGUCAGUGUGAUAGGAAUGUUGCUAAGUAUUUCCCGGAGUCGAACAUUUUGAUUGUAACAGAGAGGAUACCGUACCCACCGAUAUUUAACCUAAGUAAACGAACAAAAAUCGUUUCUCUGUUUAACGGACCUCAUCAAAAAGUUGCAGAAUCUAGACCUGAAAAUUAUAUAUCAACAAAAUAUAUAGUUAUUUUACCAGAUGGCAUCAAGUUUGUUUCUGAUUCCAGAAUAAAAAAAUUUGUACAGUCAUUCAAGCAGUCAGAGCAACAAGGAGAUGAUGUUAAGAUUGGAGCUGCCGGACUUCUGUACCUUUCUUCAGACAAUGAGAAGGAUGCAUCAUGCGAGGACCUUCGAUUUGAUUACCAAAACUGGACGCUUUAUUACAGUUACUCUUACAAAGAGGCUUGCGAUAGUAUUCGUGGUAACCACGUUGUUGUAAUGAAGACCAAUGACUUCCUCACGCUAAGUGACCCUUAUGCACGGCCAGUCUUAGAAAGUUUGUACCUUCAAGCUAAUCUUCAUAAGUGGAAGGUACACUUCUUUAAGGAUGUUAAAUUUUACGUUGAUGAUUGUCAUAGUCACAACGAUCAGGUAAUAUACAGACAGCAGCAGAAUAAAAUGACACGAUUACGCAAUACUUACAAACAAUUUGGUGUUAAGCUUGUGGUUCAUAGUGACGGCAAACAAAGUUGGUUUGGAUGCAGUAAAACUAGCGAUCGUUGUUUUGAUACUGUCUACAACGACAUGCCUGAAUACCUCUACGAGGAUCAUUGGACGCCUCCUUGUUGUAUGAUGGCUCUGAGGGAAACUGCAAAACACGUCUUUCAAAUUCUCGAUGACUUGGAUGUUAGAUAUUGGCUAGAAGGCGGAACUCUUCUUGGCGCUGCACGGCACAAAGGGAUAAUCCCAUGGGAUUAUGAUAUUGAUAUUGGAAUAUAUCGUGAAGACUUGGACAAAAUUUCAUAUCUUCAAGCUGUUAAACAGGGUGGCGCUGUAACAGACGACCAAGACUUUGUCUGGGAGAAAGCAUGGCCCCAUGAAGGGGACUUCUACCGUGUUCAGUAUAGCUCCACAAAUCAUCUUCAUGUUGAUUUGUGGCCAUUUUAUUCUAGAGAUGGAGUUAUGACCAAAGAUUUUUGGAUGGAGGGCCAUAAACAAGACUGUGAAUUUCCUGAACAGUUUCUUAAACCACUUGUAAGGAUUGAGUUUGAGGGUAUACUAGCAAAAGCACCAAAUAAUCAUAAAGAGUUUUUAGAAUUCAAGUUUGGCAAAGGAGUCAUUGAAAAUCCACAAUACCCACAGCCAGAUAGGUUAAAGAUGAAGAUAGGAACGUGAAAACAAUAAUUUGUUUUUUAGUUGUUAUUCAAUUCUAAUCAAGUCUCUCAUUAUCAUGUUAUAAUUUAUAUAUAGUUAAUAACAUUAUUAUAACAAAAUCAUACAACUUUCAAUCAGUACACCAAGUAUAAAAUGUUUUUUUUGUGGAAAAACAAUUAGUUGGCUGUCUUGACGCUUCGGUUAGAUUGCUUUGUCUGUCAUCAGGAGAAUGACGUUUUACCUCAAAAACCAUAUAUUUUACACAUGUUGUACUAAAAAUUUUAUGAUUUAGUUAUUGAUAUUUGCCAUGCAAACCUCAAUGACAUAUUUUUAUAUUAUUAAUUGUAUAACUUCUUAAAAUUUCUGCAGUUGGCCAGUCUUUACAUGGCUCAGUAAAAAAUAGUUUGUGAGUUUUUUAUAUAUAUAUAUAUCUUAAGGCCAUAGUGAUUUUUAAAAAUUUAAACCAAGGGCUAAACCUUAAUGCACUGCUAUUAUACCACUUUAUGCUCAGUUUUGAUAUUAAUUUCUAUAGACAAUCAGUGUUAGGCUGUAAAAAGUGGGCUGCACAUUAUUUGGUUGUUGCAGGCCGCAAAAUUUUGUCAUUGGGCCGCAUUUUGCUCACCUGUGAUUUAUACUAUGUUUUUAUUUUAGUACCCAUGGUGUAUUUAUAAUAAAAAAAGAGUAGAUUUUGUUUUUAAUGCUAGUUUUUUAUGGUCAAUUAUAUAUAUUUAAAAUGUAUAAAAUAAAAGAUUUCUUAAAAUUCUAAAAUGUAUGUCAGCUGGUUUGACAUUUUACACUUAAGUUGCCACUAAUUGUAUUGAGACUGGACUAUGAAAUAAAUGAUAGAAGCUGUGCUUCUGUUUGGCGAAUAAUAAACAAACCUGGACUAAUAAGAAACAUGUAGACUUUCAGUGGUUUUUUUUUAAAAACUUAACUAUGAUUCCCAAUAAUCAAGUAUUUAACAUGAAUUUUUCUUCUUAACUAUGGUUUUUUUUUUUUUAAACUUAACUAUGAUUCCCAAUAAUCAAGUAUUUAACAUGAAUUUUUCUUCUUAACCAUGAAGUAAUGAAUAUUAAUUCAUGAAUCAACCAAUUACAGGCCAGCACUUCCUGGUUGACAGCCAAGUGAGGUUGGUUACUGAUAUUUUGUCCGCAAUUCAUCCAAUGACCUUCAUAGGGUAUCUAGGUCAGCUUAUGUUUUCAUUAUUUAAUUUCAUCAAGUUAAGCUGAUCACUUCCUUUCCUUGAUGCAUUAGCUCAAAGGCAUGUAAAUGUGCAUGUAGGCCCACACAGUUUCAACUUGAUUUCAUUAUUACCAAGCGGUACCCCUUGGUUUUAGUCACUAGGACAAGGUUCUUAAAGGAUAUCAGUGAGACGAGUCAGAAAUAGUCAGCUGGACUGCAACAUGUUAUUAAUGAAGUAUGAAGUAUAUUAGUGCAAAGACACCCUAUAGAGAGUUGGAGAAAGCUUGUGCAUAUUGAUGAUUCAUAUUUUUUCUCAAAUGGCACUACAUUAUUCCUAAAAAUGUCUAUGAGAUAUCUUUAUGAAUAUUCAUAAAAUCUGUUCCAAUAUUAUGCCUAUGAAUAUUCAUAAAAUCUCCUAAAAAACAAUGUAUACUUUGAAUUAUUUUUCACUGUAGGACAACCCUACACUCAAAUCAAAUGAGCCCAAUAGACCAUAUUUGAAAAUGCUUCAUUCCCAUUCAAUCCUUUGCUAUUUGCAAAUCUAUCUUCAUCUUUAGGAAACAGAUCUCCUUUUUGAUAAUUUUCAUUUCUCUUUCCAACAAGAAAUGUAAACCAGUUUUCUAACAAGGAUAAUAUAGGAAUAAUUACUCGGAACUAUAUAUUCCUUUAAUUUUUGUCAUAUUCUUAGAAAUAUAUAGAGUGGCAUUCUAGGAAGUCAAAAUAAAAUAGAUAAUGGAGCAAGGCCUACUGGCUUAUUAGUCAGAGUUUGUUUACACCUGUUACAUCUCAUACUGUACUCUGAUUGUCAGUUUUUGUGUUAUAGGCCUAUACAAAAUAUUUUUCUAUUAUCAAGGGGAACUACAUAUGUAAUAUUUACAUGAAAGACUGCAGGUCGCUUUUGUGAAAUAUAUUAAGUUAAGCAUCAUCGAUGCAAAAUACAGGCGGAAUAUUUUUCUAUCUUCAAUAAAAUGUAUUAUUACUUGUGGUGACCAAGAUAAAGAUAUAUCAAAGAUAGCAAAUUAAUUUUAACAUUUGUUAACUUUUAUUAAUAAUUUCAUAUCUUGGUAAACAUUGACAGUUCCAUACCAAACACUCAAUCUUGAAAAGAUAUGGAUUUUUUUCUAUAAGCUAUUAUUUACAAACAAUAAAAAUAACAAGCAAAAGUAAUAUUUUGACAUUAUCUAAAACAUGGAAUAUUGCUUAAAUAAAUAUGUGCUCAUUUAUAAAUUUAACAUGUAAGGCCAAAUAAAAAAAAAAUUGUGUUGGACGUGCCCGACCGACCAAAAUUUUACUAAAUUCAGGGUCAGCAUUUCAGUUUUUUGUUUUUUUUUUACUACAAGGAAAAAUAUUUCUUUUCCAUGAGCUAAUAAGGCUGAAAUAACCUUGGAGUAGGCUAUUUUAUACCUUUUAAAAGUAAAUACAUUUUUGGCUUAAAAAAAAAAAAUUUCCUACCGACCUACUAAUUUUUAGGAUUUUCCCAAAACGUGGCCAACACAAAAAUUUAUUUUUUUUGGCCUAACUGAUAUAUUAAAUUAUUAUACUUACUGUAUCAUAUAAUUCAUUUGAUGUAUAGUAUGUUAACAAGAAGAUACAAUGCUGUACCUAAGACUCAUUAUAAUAUUCUCUACACAUACAAUUGAGUCACAAGCAAUAUGCACCAUUUAUCAUGAGACAUAAAGAUUAUAAUUUUAUAUUUGAAAAUAAAAAUACAUCAAACAGAAA